AUUAUUUUAGUAUUCAUCACGUAACUUUAAAUAUAAAAUAAUCAAUCAAUGUAGAGUGUCUGUAAUGGUUACAAAUCAAACUUACAUUAUUCAAAUUAAGAGAAAUGAGAUUUUCCACUUGGAAUUGAUAAUGCGGUUCGUUCUUUGCGUUCGUGUUGAAAAUUGAACUACAAAAGUAACACGUAAACGUGCUUUGAAUGAAUAUGAGAUGUUGGUUCGUAAAGCUAGCAGAUACCUGUCCUUUUAGAAAUGCUUUUACUUACACUCACAAUAUAUUUUGACGUAUAUUUCAAAAAAUAAGAUCAAAUGAUUUACAUAUAUAUCGAUUUUAAAUUACCAAGCUGAUUUAGAAUUUAAUUAAACGCAAAUGAAAAAGUAAUACGUAAUAUCUGGUUAAUUUCAACCAGUAAAAUUUAAAAUGAAGAUCGUAAAUUUUAUCUUAACGUCAGUGUGACUUGUCGUGAUAAAAUGCACCCAGGUGUUAAGUCUGAUAUUAUUAUCGUAUGCUAAAAUUGGCUUGGUUACGAAUAAUUUAUGGUUAAAACUUAUUAAGAAUCUAAGAACUUUUGUAAAAAACAUAGCUGUAAAAAACUCUUCUUAAUUUAUUUCUUAAUUUUUUUUAGGGAACAACGAGUUUUAUCGUAAAGAUUCUUGAAACAAAAAUUACUUUUUGAACAUUCGAACUUCGAGAUUUUGCAAUCUGCGCUUUACGAAGGGAUCCCCGCGGGGCACAAUAUUGCCGCGAGUAAAUCUAAUUUUAAGUUUGAUGUAAGUUUUAUUUGCUAUACUACACACACUUUAUACGUUUCACUUGAGCACCAUCGAACAGGAAAUAGAAAAAGACCUUUCAAAUAUUUUGAAGUGUUUUGAAAUGUGUCAGAAAAAACAAAUAUAAAUUUAGAAAACUAAUUUUAUUUUUUUGUUAUUAAUACAUUAACUUGUUGAACAAGACAUACGUACUAAGUUAAGAAACAUUUAUCUCAUUUAUUUAAUUAUGCCGUAAUUGUGUUGUACAAUUUAAUAAGAAGCAUUUAUUAUUAUUAUUAUAGUUCAAAUAUUUUAAUUAACAUGUAAGUACGGUAGAGGAGUGUUAUAGUUACCGGUUAAACAACAACAAAUUAUUUACCCCACGCUUUAUCGAUUUACAGCAACAGAUUUUCUGGAGCUUCUUUAAAAUAAUCUGCGGAUGAUUGUGUUUGCUUAUAUUUCUUAUAUCAUGUCUUCAUCUGCAGUUGAGGUUCAUCGAUUUCAUUAAAUUCUGCAUAAGUGAAGUCGGUUUCGAAUACGUUAGGUGACAUUUGACAUCAUGAAAUUACGUCCAAGAUAUAUCUGGCAGGUACGUGUUGAAUGUUCCCUCUCAAGAUUGGGCUAUUAGGAGACCGUUAGGAAAUGUAUCUGAUGGUUUUAUGCAAUUAUGUGUUGGUGGUUUUAAGUAAAACUUCAAGCGAAAUAUACAUCAACUGCAGAUGGGAUCCUCUUAAACACUCUCCUGUAUCUUUUUCUUUUCUAACAUUAUUAUUCAUAUUUAGUUAUUAUGAAUAUGGUUUUAAGUAAUUUAAAAUUUAAUUAAGAACGAAUUGUGGUUUAAUGUUUGAGUUUGGUAUUGAUUCUUUCUUGUUUUAGUUAUAUCGUGCAAAGAUUGCUGUAUGCUUUUCUAUAGAAUUAUCAUUUUAAUUAAUAUGUAAAAAUCUUCUGCGUAAAGCUAGAUCCACGUGUUUGAACAAUUCUCAUCUUAUUUAAACUAUAAAAUUAUGGGUAUAGCAACGUUUGAAAUACUUUAUUAUACUUCUAUUUGUAUAUUUGUUUUGUCGUAUUGAUGACACUCACCUCCUUCGUUUUUUGAAAUUUGAUUAACGUUGUCAAAGUCGAUGAUAGUCAAGUAAAGUACUCUGCCAAAAGUACUCUCAUUAUGUCGUCGCAUCCUGUAAAUUUUCCUUUUUUGAAAUGCGAUAUUGCUUCUUAAUACUGCAAUUCUACUUAAUAAUAAUAAUAAUAUAAAAUUUGUUAUUUAACAAAGCUUAUUUUUAUGAAAUAUGAGUAUCAUACAAAUAAACAAUUAUCUCCAAAUUAGCUUCAGUGGAAAUACCUCAUUUUCCUUAUGAGGGGAAUAUAAUUAUGAAGUUUUAACGACUUUAUUAAAAUAAAGUAAAAAUAGAUUAGAGCAAAAUAAUUAUAAAAUCGUUAUUCUUGAUGAUUUUUAUGUCAAAUUAAUACUAAGUUCAAUAUGUUUUGUAACUAAAUUUGAUAAAAUUGAGUACUGUAACAUUUCAUUAAUGUUACCAUGUCCUAUCCUGAAAUACAAUCGUUUCACUUAAACUUGAAACAUAAACCGCUUGUUGACAAGAUUGAAAGUAAUUGAUAAAAUUGAACGAAUCUUCUUGUAAUUGGAUUUAUUGUUCGGUAUUCCCCAUGCGAAAUUGAUUGCAGAUUUGGCAACCGAUAUCAUCGUAACCAUCACUCGUGCAUUCAAAAAGGGUGUUAUAUCCCUAAAUAAUGCAAUUAAAAAUGCGGGUCACGUAAAAAAGUCACGAGCGAUCUUUUAUGGGUGUAAUUCCGUAACGAUCCAUCAAGUUUGUUCUGGACGUGUUACAUUCGUUCUAAUAACCGCUCUUUAUUAAAAUAUAUCUCAACACAUCGUCUCUUCUCGUUAACAAAAUAAACAGAAAUGCAAAAAAAACCUUUUAACCCUCUUUAAAUGAAUGAAAGUAAAAAUUUAAUCAUCAAAACGGAUGUUGCACUAUAAUUUCAAAGGAGAAACUACCAACUCUAAUUUGUGCAAAUUUAUUACUACCGAGUACUCUUAACUACAAAAUAAGCAUUUCAUACCACUCAAAAACCAUUUCUCAUUUUCUUAAUAUCCUUUAAGAAAAUUUCAAAAAACUAAAGAAGAUUCAAAGGAGAUUAAGAAGGAAACCAGUGAAAAUCAACGACUCAGGAAGAAAUAAAUGAGUAAAGUAAAAGAGAAACCCUUGUUAGUACCUGAACUACCAGGAGCUAGAUCUAAUGGUGCUUUACAAUUAACGGAAAUGUCUAGCCAGAUGGCCAGGAAUGAGAAGACAGUCGUUUCGAUGUCAAAACGAGAGAAUGCUGAGUAUUUAGUUUUAGGAGGGCGUCGCGGCGCUUGUCGAAAACGACGCGACGUUGGAUUCGACGUUGUCGUUAACACAGCUGCAGACUCCAAAGUUAUUCAGUUCUACUGCGGAAAGCGAAGGUGACGCUUACAAAAAAGUCUUUAUAAAAAAAACAAAAAUGUGAAAUAAAACGAAACAAGUAAAAGAUUAGAAAUAAGAGAUAAUGAGUGUUUAUGAAUUUUUGGAGAAAUUCUAAUUGAAAACUUAAAGCGCAGAUAUGGACGAUGAAACGCAGCACGAAAUCGACGACAAGUACACCCCUUAUGUUGAAAGACCCGAAACGUAUGUCGUUCCCGUUUUGUUCUUCAUGAUAUUCGUCGUUGGUGUUCUUGGAAACGGAACUCUUGUCGUUAUAUUUGUUCGACAUAGAACAAUGAGAAAUAUACCAAAUACGUACAUAUUAUCUUUAGCCAUGGCAGAUCUUUUAUUAAUAUUAACAUGUGUUCCAUUUACAUCAAUAAUUUAUACGUUUGAAAGUUGGCCAUGGGGUAUAACUCUAUGUAAAAUAUCUGAAAUAGUUAAAGAUGUCUCAACAGGUGUUUCGGUGUUCACUUUAACGGCUUUAUCCGCUGAAAGAUAUUGCGCAAUUGUAAAUCCUUUAAGAAGAUUACAAACAAAACCUUUAACCGUUUUUAGUGCCCUAAUAAUAUGGUUAAUUGCGAUUUUAUUAUCGAUACCCGACGGGAUUUUCUCGGAACUGCAAGAAAAUAAAACGGCGGAAAAUGAAAGCAUCGUCUUUUGUACACCGUUUCCAGAUAAUCGGACAACAUCGGAGUACAGAAAAUAUAAUGUCGCGACGAAAGCUUUGAUUUAUUAUUUAAUACCGUUAUGGAUUAUUGCCAUGUUUUAUAUAUCUAUGGCGAAACGACUUCAGGCCAGCGCAAAUGAAAUUCCGGGAGAGUUACAGGGUCAAAGUGUUAGCCAAAUGAAGGCUAGGAAACAUGUUGCAAGAAUGGUUCUUUGUUUCGUGUUUUUGUUCUUCAUUUGUUUCUUGCCAUAUCACGUAUUUUUCAUUUGGUACUUUUUUAAUCCAAAUAUGGAAGAGGAUUACGACAGUUUUUGGCACUGCGUUAAAAUUAUUGGUUUUUGCAUGAGCUUUAUCAAUUCAUGUGUUAAUCCCGUCGCUUUAUAUUGCGUCAGCGGACUUUUCAGACAGUAUUUCAAUAUGUAUUUGUUUUGUAAACCCUUUAGAAGACUAAGAAGAACAUUACCGUCAUCUAUGGAAAAUUGUGAAACCAGUUUUAAUUCGACAUUUCGAAAACCAUUGCAGCACACAAUAACUGAAACUCAAAGUAUUCAUAGAAAUAUGGGAAUAUUAUUCCGUCAAAAUACCCAAGAUAUUCCAGUUAUGGGUGUAGUUAAGAAUCUCUAAAAACAUUCCAAAAAAAGAUGUGAAAAGUACUACUAAAUACUGUAAAAUGAUAUACGUAUUUAUUUCUCAAAAACCAAUCUCAAUUAGUUAAUAAUUAAGA